AUACAGUCCUAGAUCAUAAUACUCGUUGAGCAAUGUGCUUCCACGCGUCCAGUGAAGUCAAUUAAUUUCUCAUAGUCUCGCGUCCGCUCACCGGGAAUAAAUCAAAACGCGCAGAGAAAAAAGGCAAGCAGUUCGCUAGAACCGAUGGCUCUCUACGUUCAUUGUAUUUCGGACUGGCGAGCUGCAAAGACGGACGCUUUAGCGUUAAAUAUAAACGAACUACGAACGACCGACGGUCGGGAUCAUCGAGACUUUAUGACAAGAUUAUUCUAUUAGCGCGACCUGUGACAAAAUUUCCGAAAACUUCAUGUGAUGUAAAUCUGCUGUUGCAGCAAGUGGAUAUAAUCAGUGAGAAUUACUAUAGACACGUGUACAUAUAUUAAACUGCCGGCCUGAGAAGUACAUCUCAGUGACUGUUUCGAAAAUAACUAUAAAGACAUGUUCGGAGUCGAUAAAAAUCGAGCCGGAUCUUCGUCCUCUGUCCGAAGCCUCGGUUUCCUCCGAGUGGUUUCCUCUUCCACAUCCGAGACUUCCUGUAUCGGACAUAAACGAAGAGAAAUAACCGAAUCUUUUCCGAGUCUUUUAAUAAAGAAAUCGUGCCCAAACAAGCUUCUCACGUAUUUAACGAAGCGCAAAGAUAGUCCAUUUCAAAAGAUGACAACUUUCUGGAUAAUGGUCUUCCUGUUCACUCUAUGCCUAAAAUCAACUUCUGCCGAAUUAGCCAGCAUCGGAAGAUUCGGGUCUGCAAGAUCCUCUAACGUUGAUGGAGAUACUCUCGCUUUAAAUUACGAAACCAACACAAGUAAAAUUGUGUCUGCGAAGGAAUACCUUGGCGUAUUCGGAUGGAUUGAGCCAACGGACUGGACUUCUGUUUCUCCACGGUUUAACAAGACAGGGAUAGAGGAAGGCGGCUUGCAAGGACAAAACGAAACAAAGAACCAACUCGGUAAUGCGAACGAAACACUCAGUAACCAGUUUCGUGAGCGGUUUAAAGCUAUGGGAGACGAAGAGUUUCUGGUUGCUUUGAGCAAUUUCCAACACGCUAAUGGUCUUAAUAUUACUGGAGUAUUGGACGAAGAGACAAUGAUGAUUAUGACCCAACUGAGGUGUGGCGUGCCCGAUUUGACUGUAAACCCAAACAUCACAACAUCAACUGGCGACCCGAGCGACUCCGACACCGAAAGCGUCACGAUUACUCCACAAAUAAACGACAUAAUAGCUGAUUCAGGAAGUGCAGAAGGUUCUGGUCGUGCUGAGCCCCCUACAACAGCUUUUCCAUAUCUGACAACAUUUAGCCCAAGAAUGGUGCGUAAAAGAAGGUUCUCCGAACCACCGCUGGUACACCGUCUCACAGAACGAGCCGAAAAUGCGGAAUACAUGGAAAACGAGACGGAAUGGGAUACUAACUCUACUGAAGAGGCCUUUAUGUCUGAUGUGGAAAGCAUCGUGUCAGAAGCAGAGUUAUCCACAGAAAGCAGAAAAGAAGACAUGGAAGAAAUUUUGAGCGCACUGCGUCGGGAAAAGAUGGCUCGAUUAAACGACUCGACCAUAAAUGACACCGUACCACCUCCACGAUUCCCAGAACUAUUGGAACGUAUUGUUCUAUAUACACGUCACCAGGAACAUAAAAGAACGAAGCGGUCAGGCGCCUACCGGAUGUUCAACAGAGCUAACGGUUGGGGACUCGCUUUUCCGAGACGAACAAUAACUUGGAGACUGGUUCGUGAGUGGCCAAGUUCACGUAACCAAUUCAUGACAUCGAACGAAGUUUGGUUCACAGUGAAGCUCGCUUUCCGCAUGUGGAGCGAGAUUUUGCCAAGGAACUUUCUGGAGGAUAACGUGUCUCCUGUGAGUCAGGUCGACGUCCUCAUCGGUUUUGGAAUAAACCAACACAAUCGUUGCCCUGUUUCUUUCGGGCAAGGACCUUUGAUACAAGAAUAUGCUCACGCCUGGGCCUUACCUAAAGCUGAGAUACAUUUUAAUGAUGAACAACCUUUUGUUCCUGUGAGCUGGAUUCCUGCAACAGUGAGCGGCGGAGCUCCGCAAACAAGAUCUUCCGCAAGUUAUCCAAUCAGUCUUUUGAAGGUUGCAAUUCAUGAGAUUGGACACACACUCGGUCUCUCACACAACGAUAACAGACUUUCGAUUAUGAAUCCUUACUACAAACCUUUCCAAGGUUCGAAAAACAUGGACGAACUCAGCACUUCUGACAGGAACAGCAUUAAAGCUAUCUACGGUGAAUGUGAAAUUCCAUUUGAUGUUGCAUUCGAUUGGCUACGACAAGAGCGUUCUCCUGACGGGGUGUUUCGCUGGAAAUACAACACCUACUUUUUCAGACGCCAGUGGUACUGGCUAUACGAAAACAGUAAUAAAAGGCCGAGAUAUGGAGACCCGAAACCUACGGCUUAUCACUGGUCGGGGGUUAUGCAACUAAACGACCCACAUCGUAAAAUCGACGGUAUUGUACAUGUUCGAGAGUGGAACUCGCCUCUAGGCCCAAUCUACUUUUUCAAAGGCGAUGUAUUUAUUGAAUACGACAGCAGGCUUGCGCGGGCUAUGACUAGUGACAGUAACGGAAAUAGAUAUCCACGACCGAUCAGAGAUCUUUUUCCUGGAGUGCCUUACCCAAUCGAUACAGUCUUCUAUAAAUCUGACGAACGAAUUUUGUAUUUUUUCAAAAACCAUUUGGUUUAUAGGUUCCAUUGGACAACGAAAAGAUUGGCAUCUAUUGCGACAAUUGCGGCGACUUUCCCGGGCUGGGGAGGCGCUUCUCCACUUCCCUCAAACAUCGAUGCCGCUUACUACUCUUACACCGAGCAGGCGUACUUCUUUUACAAAGGCCACUACUUCUGGAAAAUGGCCGGUAACGCAGAACGAUUAGCGAACCCUCGGAUGUGGAUACCAUUAAAUGCAGUCGGGCCCCGACGCCGAAUAUCGAGCAACUGGAAAGACAUUUGCGACGUCGGCGAGACCGAACUGUUGAUGGAUUUACCAGUGAGUUAGACUCAAGUGCCGCUGUAUUUUUUUACGCGACUAAAAAGGAGGCAGCUACGGAAAGUGAAGAAAAUACUCCGGGCGGCGACAACAGCCGAUAAGUCGGCAUGCAAUACGCGGCCCACUAUAAAGCAUUACUACUAAGUUAUACCUCCGUGAAACCGUACGCUGACUCGAACCCAUUCAGUUCGUGUCCUCCCUCUUUCCAUUUGAUGUAAAAAAUCGUUCUCAUGCAACCUUGCCCCGUUAUGUUUGUGUUCAAGCUCGCUACUGUAUAUACCUCUCUUCGACAACAGCUUAAUGCAUACUUACUGGCGACCAAAGUUUUACCCUUCACCGUAUAUGGACACAAAGUUUCAGCAGUGUAUGUGACAACCAUAGACCUACCUCAAAACGUUCAAGCCAACCUAAUAAGUUAAAAAUACAAUAAUUCAAACAGACAAAUUAGAAUAUUAUACAUCUAGGACCCUGGGGUGACUUUCUUGCUGUCAUCCUUUUUAUCCUGCAUGCGUUUUCUGCAUGGCCACUUGUUAUUCGUUUGCGUUUAUUCUUUAAAAUUCUAAUUUUACGUGUUUGUCCAAAUGAUUCUAUCGCUACUAAUGCUAGUUCCCUGCUGCGGUCUUGUUAUGACAUUUGUUAAUUAAAAUCGUGUUACUCAGAAA